AUGAAGUGGGCUGCGAUAGUUUUACUCUUCCACUUGCUGCAGAUAAUAAAGUGCGAGCAAUCCUAUGAGGUCACCAACGAGAGACUGGAACCCUUCGAGGGCGACUCCGAGACUUUGGUGUUCUUUGAUAAUCUGAAAACUGUUGGUCGGGAGAGAGCUCUCAACGGGUCCUUCAAGUUCCUUGGCGAGAUGAACAAUGAUGACUUCAAGGUUUCCGUGGAACUCUAUUCGAGUCCCAAUGGCGAUGGAGAGUUCAAGAGAAUGGCCAUGGAUGUGCCUCAAACUAGCAUUUGCGAGUGCUUCAAGAAGUUCUAUGUGCAGUUCGUGCAGCCUUCGGUGAAAACUGGAGAGACCACCAAUUUCCCAUUGGUCGAUGAUGACUUUUGUCCAGUUCCUGAAGGUGAAUUCUAUAUCAAAAGUGUCCUUUUCAACACGGAGGAUUGGCCAUCGCAGGUACCUCGAGGAAUCGUCAAGGCCAUCAUCACAUUCUUCAGUGAUGGCAAAAAUGUUGGCGGUCUGAUAGUGGAAGUCAAAAUUGAGGAUCGGCAAGGUUAGAGUGGUUUGGGGAGAUAUCUGGUUUAUGGAUUAAUAUCAUAAGUUGAUGUUGUGGGAAUUGUGUUGAGAAUUGUCUCAGACGGGAGACCUUUUAAGAAUGCUUAUUAAAUAGAUUAGGUUAUUUUGUAUUAUCCCAUGUUGAACGUCUUAUAGUUAAAUAAAUGUCUUUGAAAGCUAA